UCUGCGAGGUCAAGGGUGGCACCUGUGAUGGCAUGUAUAUUUCUUUAACCAAUGAAAGUAAUGAAUGGAAAACUGCGAAAGAUGGAACGCCGAUACUUAGAUAUGAUAUAAAUCGACGAAUAAUUUUAGGCAAUGGUGAUCCAAAUGACUAUUAUACAUUCGUGAAAGCCAUCACACUAGCCAAACAUGGCACGAAUGAAAUCGUUCAGAAUAUUUAUUACAGGGAUGACGAACCUGCACGAAAAAACUUUGAUCAAGCUCAGCAAU